GGGAUGAGUGUGGCUGAGCCCUCGUCAGGAAGCCAGGGAUUUUACCAACGUGCAGCGGACACGGCGAGAGCCUACGGGAAGAAACUUGCUUGAAAUAUUCCCAUAAAAAGGAAGGGAGGCGGAGGUGGAAAACAGUUUUUCCCCCCCUGCAGCCACCAGAAUGCGGUCGCUGUCCGUGGUCCUGAACCCGCUGCUGUUUCUGCUGCUGUUCGGAUACUGCCCUUCAGUGACUAUCAGACCCAAGGAGGGGUGGCAGGUGUACAGCUCUGCUCAGGAUGCAGAUGGGCGUUGCAUCUGCACGGUGGUGGCACCUGAACAGAAUCUCUGCUCCAGAGAUGCCAAGGGCAGGCAGCUCCGCCAGCUCCUGGAGAAGGUGCAGAACAUGUCCCAGUCAAUCGAGGUGCUGAACCUGCGGACACAGAGGGACUUUCAGUACAUCAUGAGGAUGGAGAGCCAGAUCAAAGGACUGCGGUCAAAGUUCCGACAGAUCGAAUCCGACAGGAAGACGCUUGUCAACAAAAACUUUCAGGAGUUGAAGGGGAAGAUGGAGUCCCUGCAGCCGCUAAUCCCUGUCCUAGAACAGUACAAGACAGACGCCAAGCUCAUCUCCCAGUUCAAAGAGGAGAUCAGGAACCUGUCUGGCGUGUUGAUGGGCAUCCAGGAGGAGAUGGGAGCCUAUGACUACGAGGAGCUGCAGCAGAGAGUCCUAAAUCUAGAGAGUCGACUCCGCAACUGCAUGAGCAAACUCACAUGUGGCAAGCUUAUGAAAAUCACUGGGCCGCUGACAGUGAAAACUUCAGGGACCAGAUUCGGAGCCUGGAUGACUGACCCGCAGGCAUCUCCCAAAAACAACAGGGUUUGGUACAUGGACAGCUACACCAACAACAGGAUAGUGAAAGAAUAUAAAUCCAUCACCGAUUUUGUGGCGGGAGCUGAGUCUAGAACCUAUUCCCUGCCUUUCAAAUGGGCUGGAACCAAUCAUGUGGUGUUCAACGGGUCUCUUUACUACAACAAGAUGCAGAGCAACAUCAUUGUGAGGUACAGCUUUGAGACGGGCCGCGUGGUCACCCAGAGGGCCCUGGAGUCAGCCGGCUUCCACAACGUCUACCCCUACACCUGGGGGGGCUUCUCAGACAUCGACCUGAUGGCAGACGAGCUGGGCCUGUGGGCCGUCUACGCCACCAAUCAGAACGCUGGAAACAUCGUCAUCAGCCAGCUAAACCCGGACACGCUCCAGAUCCUCAAAACGUGGAACACAGAAUACUCGAAAAGGAACGCCGGGGAGUCUUUCAUGAUCUGUGGGACGCUCUACAUCACCAACUCCCAUCUGACCGGCGCUAAGGUGUACUACGCUUACUCCACCAAGACCUCCACGUACGAGUACACAGACAUUCCCUUUCAUAACCAGUACUUCCACAUGUCCAUGUUGGACUACAACGCCAGGGACCGCGCCCUGUACGGCUGGAACAAUGGCCACCAGGUCCUGUUCAAUGUCACACUAUUCCACAUCAUCAAAACUGAGGAUGACUCUUGAAGGGUAAAAAAGGAUCAUUUCUUUGCUUGUAUUGUUUUUCAUAACUAAGUGCUAUGUAUUUAUUUAUUUAUCUAUUUAUUUAUUUAUUCAUUAAUUCAUUUUAUUUCAUUUCAUUGCACUGACUUAUAGUCACUUGCCAAAAAGAGAUCUACCAUUUGAGAAAAAGUGACAUCCUCUCAUACAAAAUGAAUGGCUGUGCACAAUUUGGUACAUUUUCAAGCAUUCUAUAGGUAACUGAAAUUCUACAGGGGAGAUGAUGAUGAUGGUUAUACCAGGUGGAUUCCCUGUAAAAAAAAAAAAA